UGCCAAUUGACGUUUAGAGAAAAAGAAGAAGAAACAGGUGUCAAAGGGAUCCAAUGAAAAUUGCCCACGGAAUUUAUUUUGUGUGAGAAUAUUUUUGUGAAAUUGCAAAUUAUUGAUAACAGUGAUAAAGAAAUAAAUACAGUUUCCGUGCAAACUACACAAUAAAGUAUUUUUAAAUGACUAUAUUGUUAAAAAUCGAGCAAUACUUGUUGCCUAGUUAAUUAAUUUGGAUGCUUUCAAAAUGAAAAUCUUUGGGUUCAUUCAUGCCCUAUUGCUGCUUAGUUUUGUUUUCGUGGUACGCACAGAUGAUCCCCAGGGGCCCCCCGAUGGGGCCAACAGGAGAUCCAACGUAGCCCCCGAAUCUAAUCUCAGGAAGCAAAUUGCUGAAGAUGAUUCUGAAGAGAACGAUAAAUCUAGUCAAGAAACGCUAAAUAUUUACAGUCCCAUAAAACUCGUUAAAGCGCCAGAUUUGUCUCAGGAAAAGGAUCCCCAGAAAGUCAGUGAGAUGCUCUCAGACAUCCUGGAGAAGCAUUCAAAGUGGAUUGAAAAGAUGGAAGAGGAAAUUAAGGAAAUCGACAAUGAGAAUCCGGAAGAUGUUAAUGCAGCACCGAGAGAACUAACUCCUGAGGAGAUUGAGGCACAUAAUCUCUAUGAGAAUGCAAUGUACAAUCUCAACAGAACAAAUCCAAAUCGCGAAGAAGCUUAUUUAAUGAUGGAACGUGCUGCCAAAAUGGGUAAUCGCAGAGCACAGGCGCAAUUUGCUUGGUUCCGCUUCUUGGGCUAUCCCAUGUCAAACAUUGAUCUGAAAUUCGCAUACGACACCUUCAAGGAGCUUGCUGAUGAGGGCUUCCCCGAAGCUCACAUGGGAUUGGGCUUAAUGUAUGCCACUGGGAUUGGAGUGAAUGUGAGUCAAGCUAAAGCUCUCGUUCACUACACAAUGGCUGCUCUCGGAGACAAUAGUUGGGCGCAAAUGGCUCUCGGGUACCGCUACUGGGCGGGUGUUUCUGUGGCUAGUAGCUGUGAAAAAGCACUUGAUUUCUAUAGAAGAGUAGCAACGAAGGUUGCUGCCGAGGUUACAUUCUCCGGAGGACCAGCAACACAUCGCAUUCGCUUGCUUGAUGAAGUUGAAAAUUCCGGUAUGAGUUCCGGGAUUCUUGAUAACGAUCUCAUAGAAUACUACCAACUUUUGGCGGACAAAGGAGACGUUCAAGCUCAAGUUGGAUUGGGACAGUUGCACUAUCAAGGUGGCCGGGGAAUCCCUCUUGAUCACUACAAGGCUCUUCAGUACUUUUCACAGGGUGCAGUUGCAGGAAAUGCCAUUGCUAUGGCGUACCUGGGGAAAAUCUAUCUGGAGGGCAGUGAAAACAUCAAAGCUGACAAUGUUACUGCUUUCAAAUACUUCAAGAAAGCUGCAGAACUGGGAAAUCCCGUGGGUCAGAGUGGUUUGGGCAUUAUGUAUUUGCAAGGCAAAGGGGUUCCCAAGGAUACAGCCAAAGCACUGAGCUAUUUCACCCAAGCUGCUGAUCAGGGCUGGGUUGAUGGGCAUCUACAACUUGGGAAUAUGUACUUUAGCGGGAUUGGCGUGAAGCGUGACUUCAAAAUGGCAUACAAGUACUUCAAUCUUGCUUCACAAUCAGGCCAUGUGCUUGCCUAUUACAAUCUAGGGCAAAUGCACGCAAUUGGUCUGGGUAUGAUCCGUUCUUGCCCUGCCGCCGUUGAAUUGUUUAAGAAUGUUGCUGAACGCGGUAGAUGGGGGGAGAAACUCAUGCUAGCUCAUCAAGAUUACCGAGCAAAGAAGCCAAAGUCAGCCUUCAUGCAGUACAUUUUGAUGGCUGAACUUGGUUACGAAGUGGCUCAGAGUAAUGUUGCUUUCCUACUGGACAAAGGUGAUAUUGGACUAUUUAGAGAUCACACGGAAGAGCUUGUGAGAGCAUUGCAAUUUUGGAGUAGAGCAGCAGCUCAGGGGUACUCUGCGGCUCAAGUAAAACUCGGAGACUACCACUACUACGGCUUAGGUACUGGAAUUGACUACGAAACAGCAGCUGCAUACUACAGGAUGGCAUCAGAUCAGCAACAUAAUGCACAAGCAAUGUUCAAUUUAGGCUACAUGCACGAACAAGGUUUGGGCAUGAAGAAAGACUGGCAUUUGGCAAAAAGGUGCUAUGACUUAGCAGCAGAAACAAGCAAUGAUGCCAAGGUGCCUGUAGCUCUUGCUCUCAUCAAGUUACAGCUUCUCUUCAAGUGGGAAUCACUGAAGAAUAGUCCUUUGGGUAUAAUUUUCCAUUUGGACGAGAAUAUUGCAUCCAAUUGGGAUUUGUACCUGAUCACCGUUCUCACGCUCAUAUUGGGAUUUACAAUUUGGCUCAUGAGACCACCUCAGCAGCAACCUGGUGGUGCACCGGAACAGCGACAGCAACAACCGCAACCACAACCGCAGGUAGAGCAAGAGAGGAAUGCAAGAGUGCCGCCUGAAGAAGAAGUUCAAUAGAUUUGUGCGCAAAAACGCUCGUAUGGUAAAAAAAAAAGAAAAAUUGUGGAGAUCAUUGGAAAUUGGGGGAUUAUUUUACAAAGUGCUAUCUCGCGAUGCAUCAUAAAACGAGAGAGAGAAAAUUAAUGAUAAAAAAAUGGUGUAAAUAGUUUUCCUACAAGAAUUUCAAAGAUUAUAAGAAUAUUAUGACCACAUACAAAGCUUCUUUUUCUUUCAAUUUGCUCUAAUUUAUCAAUAAUUUAUUUCUCUUUGUGAAUUCAAAAGACGAAGAAUUUCAUUAAAUGUGGGUUUUUAUCAAGAGUAUGUGGUGGUACUAAGUAGUUCUGGGGAGUUAUGUAAGUAUAUCUAUAUAUUUGUGCUGAAGAGAUCACGGGAUUUAGAAUUAGAAGAAAGUUAAAUUUAUUUUGCAAUAACGUUUCAAAAGCAAAAAUUUUAAUUUUUAGAUUAAUAUCGAAGAAUUUAGUGUUGUAAAAAAAAACAUUUCCCGCUUUUUAAUUUUAUUUCAAUAAAUUUUACUACUUUAAUAUGAGAAUAUAUUGUGUGAUAAAAUACAUUUCUAUAUGAUAUAAUUUUUAAAUAAAACACAAAAAGAAA